AUGCAUGGAGUAUGGCAAGAGUUCAAGACUCCUACAGGCGAAAAAUAUUACUAUAAUAAGACAACGAAGCAGUCUCAAUGGGAAAAACCUAAUCUCAAAAAAAAUUCCGACUUGGAGGACGAUGCGAAAGUGUCUCAGAUAGAGAGAAUGCCAACAUUCGCGCUGGAACUGAUAGAUGGCUGGCAUUUGAUAAUAUGCAAUGAUGGUACGAAACUUUAUUUCAAUCAUGACUCCAAAAUCUUUAAGAGUGACAUCUGCCAAGAAAGUGGCGGUAAGUGUGGUGCAUUGAUAGAGUCAUUAGAUAAGGACAAACUGGUGCUCUUAAUUGGUAUUGCCCGGGGUUACAGCGUGCAAGAAGAGGAUAUUGACAAAAUAUUCGAAUCUUUGAACGAGGAAAUUGACCUAUUCAAAAAAAACCAAGAUGGCUUCGAAAGAGAAAUUGAAACGCGAGAAGAGGCGGGUGUGGUAAAGUCUCUCUUAUCAGAGAGCCACACUGGGCUAAUUAGCGGAUAUGGCUCGUCCUCAGAGGAGGAAGAAGAAGAAGAAGAAGAAGAAGAAGAAGAAGACCACGCAGAACAAGGCGUGAACCAAAAUGUAAGCAUAAUCGAUGAUCUGAACCAUAUUGAUGCGGACGACAUCGAUGAGGGUAGGGAGCGCAGUCUUUUCUUCCAGUUAUGUGAUAGGUACAAACUGGAUAAGUUCUCCACGUGGUCAUUGCAAAGCAAGAAAAUAGAGAACGAUCCCGAGUUUUACAAGAUUAGAGAUGAUACAGUUCGGGAAGGUUUGUUCGAAGAGUGGUGCGAGAAACACAGCGCCAAGGAAAGUGACAGUGAAGACGAGAGCAAUGUGUUGGAGCCAACUAAAUAUCAUUACCUGGCGCAAAUCGUGGCCAAGGCGGGAAACAUUGCGCCCGACGCCAUACCACAAGAUAUAAGGAAACGACAAAAGGCUCUGUAUAAGGCAUACAGAAUCAAAGAGUAUGUACCGUUGAAGCGUGAGCAAGACAGAUUCGUAUCGCAGCUUUUGUUUUACUACAAGACGUUCAACUUGGAGCAGCGAAAAACCAUCUUUCAGGAUUGCCUAUGGGACCAUGAACGAGACUUUGGAGGGGCGAUCGCAUCGCUGCGUCAGGACAAUAAACUUAUCAGCCGAUGGCAGGCACUGCUGGAAGAUCCUAUCGACGGUACUAGUAUAGAAGAUGUACUUCUAAGUAUUGAGAACCGGUGUUGUGUAAGCGCAAUCGUGGUGGCGGAUCCACGAUAUUACGUGGUGGGCAUUCUGGAGAAGACCGUGGUCUGGGUGCGAUGGCUAGCCGCCGAGGGUGCACCACCCAGCCGGUUUACCCCAGCGGGCGCGGGGAAUGGCCCGAUAAAUCCGAUAUGA